CACUGCAAGAGCAUUCGCUCGUACCCUCUCUCACCCUCCAACCUCGGGCAUCACAUUCAUUUCUACCAGACAAAAAUUCGCACUUGCCCUGGUCGGCAGUCACAACACUCGCCGCUCUAGUAGCAGCUCCUUCUUUGCGUUCGCGCACGCGAUAGAACAGCACCAAUCGACAUCGACAGCAUUUGCAUAUCCACAUCCCAAUACGACGACACCACGCUUCACCACACUUCACCAUGUCGCCUGUUACUCGCCUCUCACUCUUGGCGCUUGCCUCGACCGCUCUGGCUUCUCGUCAUGGCCACAUGGCUCAUAAGUAUCUCCACUCGAGCAACGACGGCGCUGCCCAUGCGACUGGCACCGGCGCACCAUACGCAUACCCAACCGCCAAUGCCACUGCACCUUGGGCUUCGACUGGACUCCCAUCUGCCGCUUCAUCUUCCGCGGCAUCUUCAUCUGCCAUUGGCUACAACACCGCGACUGAGCAUGUGAUUCACACUGAGACUGUCUACCAGACCGUUCACGUCGCCCACCAAUCCGCAGCAAGCAGCGUCGCUGCAGCAGCCUCCGAUUCUUGCCGUGUUGUGACUGUCACAAGCACUGAGAAGGUGACCCAAUAUGUGACCGAAGCCUCCGCACCUUCCUCAUCUGAGGCAUCACCCGUCGAGACUUCCUCGCCGUCCGCUCCUGCUUAUUCCGCUCCAUCUAGCAGCGAGCCCGCUCCAGUCCCGGCCUCCUCUGCACCAGCCUACCCGGCACCAGCGUCUUCCAGCACGGAAGUUGCACCAACUUCUGCUGCACCCAUUUCAACCUCGUCCUCCGCUGCAUUGGCAGAUUACUCUGUGGUGAACAAGGGCGUUGACAACUACGGAGGUGCUUCCUCAACUGCAUCUGCCGCUCCAAGCUACAGCUCUGCCGCCUCAUCUGCUGGAGGAAAGCGUGGUCUCGCUUACAACGACGCCAGCCUCACUUCCUGCUUCACAGGUGCUCGCGAGAUCUCCUGGGCUUACAACUGGGGUUCCUCCAGCGAUGGUCUCGACGAUGGCUUCACUUUCAUUCCAACUCUGUGGGGUACUGCCUCUGAGUUCACUGGUUCCUGGAGCGAGAACGCCAAGUCUGCCAUCAGCGCCGGCUCCACUCACCUCUUCUCUUUCAACGAGCCCGAUCACUCCGCUCAGGCUAAUCUUGGUGCCGCUGCCGCUGCCAUUGCAUACGUCACAUACAUGAACCCCUUCAAGGGUCAGGCCCAGCUCUGCGCUCCAGCCGUCACCAACGGUGGUGGUGAGAUGGGUCUUACUUGGCUCCAGAACUUCUUGGACGCUUGCACAGACUGCCAGAUCGACUGCUUUAACAUCCACUGGUACGACUCUGCCGAGAACGCCGAUGACUUCAAGUCGCACCUCGAGCAGGCCAUCAAAAUCGCCAACGGAAAGCCAAUCUACGUCUCUGAGUUCGGUGCCACUGGUUCUGAUGACCAGAUUGCAUCAUUUCUCGAGGAAGUUAUGCCAUGGAUGGACAGCAACUCGAACAUUGCUGGCUACGCCUACUUCAUGGUCAAGGACGGACUUCUGGUUAGCGGCUCUGAGCCAUCGUCCUACGGCUCCACAUACAAGACCUACACCUCGUGAAGGAGCUAAGCCCUGUUUGAUGCGUUGCUUUCAGAGCAGGCAAACCUGGACACGGCGUUACGACAAUUUUACCUUCUUGUACAUGGUGGCUUUUGGGAAAUGGAUAUUGAGUGCACUCGCGUACGCGCAGAGUUUGGAUUGGCAUUGCGAGGCGCGGGAUGGAAAAGGACUGGAGUAUAUAGAGCAUCAGCAUCAGCACACCCAGAUACGAAGCUAUGCCACGUUCUUGGCUUCAAUGAGAGACGGUUUGUUAUGACGCG